AUGUCGGGGCCGGAGCUGGCGGUGUCGGGGAAGCAGUCAAAGGUGCAGACACGCUCUAGGCCGUCCUCCGUGGUGACGACGAAGCAUCUCGACAAAUCUCUGCAGAGGCAGCAAGAGACUUGCAGUAGCGUCGUCAUACCCAAACGGGCUGGUGCAGUCGGAGAAGAGGACAUGGAAGAGAUCCAUGGCAUCGUCAUCGUCGGGGGCGGCAUCUGCGGCCUCGCCACUGCUCGCGCUCUGCACGGGAAAGGGAUAAGCAGUCUUGUGUUGGAGAAGUACGAGACUCUACGAAUCGAUGGAGUGGCCAUUGGUAUUCAUACCAAUGGAUGGCGAGCUCUGGAACAGCUUGGUAUCGCUGCGGAGCUCAGGGACACUGCGACCUUAAUCACCGAGUACCACAACGUGUGGCAGAAGGACAACAAGUCCACCCAUAUACCUGUAAGGAAGGAGCUGCGAUGCGUAAAAAGAAAGGAUCUUGUGGAGGCACUGGCGAAGAAUCUGCCUGCUGGAACAAUCCGCUUCGGCUGUGGCAUUGAAGCAAUUGUGGCGGACUCCGCCGACGGCCACUGCACCGUUCUUAGCACAGCGGACAGCAAUACCAUCAAGGCCAAGGUCCUGAUUGGUUGUGAUGGGGCGAACUCCGUGGUAGCCAGAUACCUGGGACUAGGUAAUCCAUCAUAUCUUCCUCGUUUGGUUACCCUGGGCUUGACGAGCUACCCGAACGGGCAUCCAUUUGGACCGCAGUUUCUGCGCUUUGCAGGCGACGAUUUCGCCAUCGGACGCUUGCCUGUCAGUGAAAAUCUUGUUCAUUUCUUCGUGAGUAGGCCAAGUCCAUCCACAGCAGGCUUCCACGACGAGGGUGCUGCGCAGGAGUACGUGCUGGAGAAGCUCCCGGAGUUCCCCGCCGAGAUCGCGGAGAUGGUGCGGCGCUGCGAGCCAGGGAGGGAAUCGCUCAAGACCCUGACCAGGGUGUGGUACCGGCCUCCCUGGCAGAUGCUGCUCGGCCGGUUCCAGCGCGGCGCGGUAACGGUCGCCGGCGACGCCAUGCACGUCAUGGGGCCCUUCGUCGGCCAGGGCGGCUCGGCGGCGCUGGAGGACGCCGUCGUGCUCGCCAGGGCGCUGUCGCGGGCUGUGCCGCCGGGUUGGGGCGGCACCGGUGACGCAGCUGGGACAAGUGGCGACCACGAUAAGAGGAGGAUCAGCGUGGCGUUGGGGAGAUACGUCGGGGAGAGGAGGGCCCGGCUGGUGAUGCUGUCUCUCGAGUCCUUCCUCAUCGGCACCUGGGUCACCACAAAGUCGCUUGUGAAGAGGCUUGUGUGCGUGGCCAUUUUGGCGCUUCUGGGCAGCCACUCACGCCGCAACGCCAACUACGACUGUGGCCGCCUGUAGCAAUACAGGUUGUUAAUUUGGAGCUGCAUCAAGCUCUUCCUUUGCUUCAUUGUUGCAUCCAAA